AUGCCGCGAAUACGGGACGGGAUUAAUGAGGACCACCCGGCAAAUAAGGAGAAUCGCGUCUGGGACGCCUAUUUUGCGGAAACAGCGCGACGAGAUUCGCCGACAUUGAUGGAGAAGGAUCGCUGGCUCUGUUACAGCUGCACGCGGCCGCGCUAUCAUCGCUGCGGUCCGAGGUCGCGGAGCUGAAUUCAAGGCUGUUGGCGGCGACACGAGCCAGGGAGGCGACCGAGGCGGCUCUGGUCCGCGCGGAGGUGCAGGCCGCACGAGCGGAACAGAGAGCAGAGCAGCAAGCUGCGAGACACGAGGAGAGGCUGACCGAGUUGCAUUCCGUGAUCGCCGAGCUGGGCAGGCAGCUCGAGAGGCAUCGGGCUACUGUAAUUGCCGAGGAGGAUGAGUCCGAGAUAGAAACGAGCAGAGACGCGGAAGGAUCGAUCACGAACCCGGUCGAAGAGAGCGAAGGCGGAGGUGAUAUUCAAGGUGACGGGGAUCGUACGCUGGGCGAUGCGGAUUCCAGCUGCUGCGAGGACAUCGAGCCACGCACUGCCGAGGUAAAUGAGAGAGAGCAGUUAGACAGUCCGGCGGCGUUACCAACACCGGAGCCGACGCAGCAGGCGGCCUCGUGCCAAAGCGUGGCCAUGGCAGCGCUGCAAGAAGAGGUCACAGCCCUCCGAGCGGAGAUCGCAAGCUUGCAGGCUCAACUGGUGAAUUUCAAGAAUCAGGCUGGCAAUCAGAGGCAACAGGCUGGCAGCGAGUCACCUCGUAGAGAAACAAGAGGCAACACCAGUUCGCCGGAACCUUUGAGUGCACCUUGCUCGCCACUCUUGCCACCCCUGCAGACACCGCCGACAAAGAACGUAACGAGGGAGGAAGCUCCGGUUCUUAAAAUAGCCGAGAGGGUAAGACUCAGGAGGACCGACGAGAGGCACAUCACAGGACCCGAUAUUACCAACCUGGGGGUAUGCUCUACGAUGGUGGCUGAGCACCUGGUCUCGGAUCUUUUGGAGCACUCGAAUAUUCAAGAACUAAAUGGAUCCGAGAAACAAUUCGAAGUGGAGACGGAAAGGUUGAAUAGUAGGUUGGAACAUGCGCGAGCAAACAACGCUGUCCUUGCGUUGACUUUGCAUGAGAGUAAGGCGCAAUGUGAUAGAUUGAGUCUUUUGGUUGGAAAGUACGAGUCGAAUGCAACGGCGUUACGAUUAGCGCUUUCCUACAGUGAUCGUGCGAUAGAGGCUUACGACGUUCUGGUAGCAUUAUUAGAAAGCGAGAUCGCUCUGUCAACAGAGAGAAGCAGCAUCACGAUCGAUAACAGAAGAGCAGCUGAACACGUAGCCUACCAUGUGUUGAAUAAAUUGGAGAACGAGUGUAUGAACAGCCUAAACGCGCCGUGGGAAGAUAGCAUAGUUUUGUCAGACGAGUCUGAGGUGGCUUGGUGUGUGGAAGACGAACAACGACUUAGGAGACACAUCAGUAGAUUGAAAGGGGAACGAGCCAUGGUCAGGUCGACUGUAGUGGAGUUAGAAAGCGUUCACGUCGAGCCAUUAAAUUCGAAGAACACUAUUUCUCUCGCCGAAGCUCGGAAAUUAGAUUUAGAGACAGCUGUACUUAUGCAGGAAUUGAUGGCUAUGAGAGAGGACAAAGCAGAGCUGCGGGCACGAGUUUUCUUGUUGGAAAAGGAACGGGCUACCAUAGAGUUGAAGUUGAAUGCACGUGAUACACAAAUCGCAGCUCAGCACGCUGCUAUUGAGCAUCUUCAGGGACAACUCAGCGAUACGGAAGCCAUGCUGGCUAUGGCUACAAAUAAAGAUCGGGGUUUAAGCGAUAACGAAAGCGAGGGCAUGGAAUCUGAGUUAAUAGAGGCUUUAGGUCGAGAGGCUAGGCUAAAGGAACGUCUACAAGAAUUAGUAUCCACUUUAGAUAAAGUUAACAAAAAUUCUGAACUAAGGCAUCAACAGUCGGCCGAGCUUGUUAACGAUUUGAAAAGAGCCAAUGGAGCGCUGGUACAAACUUUAGAGAAGUCUAAGAAAAAGUAUCAAUCCAGAUUGAAAAAAUUGGAACAGCAAAUGUUGGGCAUGGUAGAAAGACAUGCUGCUCAGGUAAAAUCUCUAAAACAACGGAUAGCAUUGCUAGAGGAGGAGUCAACAGGAUAUAAAACAAGCUUACCACUACAAUCGCAGAGUUCUGGCGCCAGCGAGACAUCAUUAUGA